AUGCCUCGACUAAGGCAAUUAGUUCCGGCAGGAUUUAGCAAUCCAAUUCAGGUUUAUACACGACUUAUCUUUAACUCUGCAUCCAAACCAUUUUCUACAACUACCAGUCCUUCCAACGCCCAGCGGGCCAUUAGCCAGAUCCAAACACGUUUAGAGAAGCUGACAAAAGAAUAUGAAGACUAUAAUGGAAUUCGUAAGGAGCAGUCUGAUGAAGAUGUCCGAGGCACAAAUCUUAUCAAAUUCAAUGAUUUUUCUCAUAGAAGAGGUGAUUUAGAGAAACUCCGAGUUGUUCCUCGGGACCAAGCUUUUUACAUGGCUAAUCCUCCUCAUGAAGAGAUUAUGCGUAAAUUAAGCGAUUUAUUGGACAAGAACAUUAAUUUACCCCUUGCUUCACCUCAGACAUAUGUUCGACCCUCUUGGUUGCCAAUGAAAGAUUAUGCAAACAUGGCAGGAGGAACUCGACUAAGACCAUCUAAUUACAGAGAAUUCAUCAAGCUUGCAUCCCGUCUCGAUUCCAUCGAUCCUCAAUUAAUACCUAGUGAUGUUGUUACCAUUCUCGACGCUUUCAAAAGAAAGGAAACCACUGCAUCAAAUAAAACUCCCAUCAAGGUACUCGACAAUAUGGGGCGAGCAAUUGCUGUUGGUAGAAGAAAAACAUCAUCAGCCCGGGUCAUUGUAGUUAAAGCAAGUGAGGAAAUCAAGGGUCAAUUUUUGGUUAAUGGGCGCCCUCUUGAUGUUCAUUUUGAUCGUUUGCAAGAUAGAACCACUGCUCUGUUCCCUCUAAAGGUGAUUGAGGGAAUGGGUUCGUAUAAUGUCUUUGCUACUGUUCAUGGUGGUGGUCUGACCGGACAAUGUGGAGCUAUUGCUCUCGGUCUUACUAAGGCCCUUAUUAUUCAUAAUCCUAUUCUCGGCAAGAGAUUGUCUAAGGCUGGUUGUACGAAACGUGACACUCGUGUCAAGGAGAGAAAGAAGCCUGGUAAGCCUAAGGCCAGAAAAUCAAACACCUGGGUCAAGCGUUGA